UUGGUCCAAAAAAUUUGAAAACUCAAUAAAAUUAUCCUGCACACAACGAAUCCAGUGUCAGCAGUUCGUUUUGUUUUUCUAAGUAAUAAUACUUUGUGCCUUGGCCUUCGAAGUAAAGGAUGAUGGAGCUUGACAGAGAUGACUGCCAAAGUGAUGAGUCCACCGUGGAAGAUGUAGAUGACGCCACGUAUUCACUUGGUGACCUGAGUUGUGGGGAUGUUCAGCUGUGGGCUACAGAUCGAUGUAAGAGUGGUAGUGCCAUCAUGGUGUACAGGCCUAUGGAAGGUGCAGUGAUCCAUGGAAUUUGCAAACUGCUGACAAUGAGACAGGCGAGUGUUACUGAGGCGACGGAGUCAUUCCUGCAUGUUAUUAUGACACGGUUACACAAGGCAUCAGGUACUGCAAAUCUGCUACGCCAGGAAGUGUGCCAGCUGAAGGCAUGCAAGGGUGCUGAUAUUUCGCAAGCAUGGCAACAAAUGCUGUCCGUCAUCGCAACAGCUAUUCCCGAAGUGAAAAUCAAUUGUGAAGAUUUGGAAGUUACAUCUGCUGUGCUAGCGAAUCUGAUAAGCUACCUGCAUGCCACGGCUGCCGCGCCACCCCCGAACCGGUGA